AUGAGUGAAAUCAAUGAAUCUGUAAUUGAGGCUCCUUUAAAAGCCUUACUUGAAGAUGUAUAAACUUUUAUAGUAAUCAAAAGGUAUUAUUCUCUUUAGAAGGGUAUUUGGAAGGUUAAAAUGAUUUAAAGAUGAUUGAAAAUCAAUUAAAAGAUUAUGACACAUUAGUUGGAUUAGUUAAAAUAAUAGGAAAUGUUUUUAAAACUUUAAUGAAGAAAGUAGAUAAGAAGAUGAAUCAAUUAAAAAUGAACAUUAAUGAUAAUAGUUCUUAUAGAAGUCAUCAUCCAGAAGAAGAAUAUGAAAAAUUAGAAUAAAUUAUAUAAAAACAUGAAGCAGAAAUUAGAGGUCAUAUUAGUGUAAGAGUCUCCAUAGUUAUCUAAGAUUGAAUAAUAAUUGAAAUUAUAUAAUGA